AUGGUCUUUCAUCCGACCAGAAACAUCACUCGGCAUCACGAGGAGAAGCCAGAAGCUUUAGUGGCCCUUAACCAGAAGCUAGCCCGGAUCGAGGGCGUUGUGACCGAGAUCCAGCGAGAGCUCAAUGAGGUCAAAGUUCUUUCGGAUAGCUUUGAUGCGGAAUCCGAGCAGGAGAAGAGCUACUUUGUACAACUGCCAUCCCAGAGCGUACAACUGCCAUCCCAGAGCCAGAAGACCCAGUCCACUUUGUUGGCUUGUGCGAACGUCCACGAGCCAAGAUGCCCGUCCGUUGGUGGAUUGGUGCAUGUGGCAGGUGGCAUUAGCCCUGCCAGCGCUCGCGCCAAAGUGUUUGGGUCAUUCGCAAGCAACCAUGGUGCUUCUACACUACUUCAUCCGGCCGGCAACGUGAGCCCAGCAUACCUUUAUCCAACAGGGCCGUGCCCCACGCACAGCUGGCACAGGGAGCUUGAGGAGCGCAAGUGGCGAGCCAACGCGGAGCACAUCCUGAAGAUUGAGUCGAGCUGGGCGCAGCGUGUCAAGGAAGCGGAGGAGGCUGCUGCACGCUCGGAUGAGCGAGCGCGAGUGGCAGAGGAAGCCCACGGCCGUCUGCUGCGUGAAAAAGCUGAAGUCGCCGAUGCAGCCAAACUACGUGAGAAGCAGUUGGCCCAAGAGUUGGCCCAAGAGUCCGAGAACCACGCCUUGGUAGCAGCUCGCGAGACGGGCUUUCAGGAAACCCUGUCAGCCCUGCAAGACCGCGCGGCGAGCGCGGAGAAGAAGUCAGCCGCGCGCGAAGCCGAGAAGGCCGCCGUGGCCGACGAGCUGGAGAUGGUUUCUGGCCGCUUUGAAGAGCAGCUGCAGCACAGCAUGGAGCUGAAGAAGGAGGUCUCAAGGAUGCGGGAGGAGAUAGACGGCCGCAAGGCAGACGAGACCAGGCAUCGCGACAUCGAGCGCGAGUGGAAGCAGCGGGUUGAGGAGCUCAAAGCUGGCUUGGCGACCGCUCGUGACACCAUCCAAGCUCAAAAGAUCCAGAUGUCCAAACUGAAAGCAGUGUCGGAGAAAUCCGACGCCACUGCCGAAUUGCAAGAUGCAGUCGCUCACUGGAAGACUCAGCUUACGCAAGCGAAUGCCAAGCUAGAGGAGCAGUAUCGGCUGACUUCGCACCUGCAGCAGAAGCUAACGUCCUUGGAGGAUGACUUGGCGGAAGCGCAAGCAGCGCGCAGUGCGCUGAGCCAAGGCGGGCCCUUGAUUGGCCAAAGCAGCCAGUCGGAUGUGGAGCCCGAGAUGCCCGCGGAGGCUGAAGCCCGCGUGGCUCAUUCGCUUAUGGUGGAGCUUCGAGAACAGCUUGAGGUGGAGCUGAAUGAGAAAGAGUUGAGGCAAGCAGAGGUCUCGGCACUCACGCGGCAGCUGGAGAUGUGCGAUUCAUUGAACAAAGAGCUGGAUCAGGCGGUCGCCGACUUGCAAACAGACCUGGCAGCUUGCAAGCACAAGGAGGAAGCGCAGGAAGCAGAAGCGCAGCAGGCACAGUUGUGGCAAGCCCGAGCUUCUCAGCUUGAAGCAGAGCUGGACGCUCAGGUGAAGACCCUGCAGGAAAGCGUGCGACAAGUCACAGACUCGACGACGAAGAUCAACGAAUUGGAGAGAGAGCGGCAAAGCUUCGAGGAAACGACCGAGAGCAGCCAGCAAAGAGAGGCCGAGAUGCAGAGCAGAGCUGCAGGUUUCGAGCGGGAGCUUGUAGCUGAGCAAGCCGAGAUGUCUCGACUGCACGAGGAGCUGGCCGUCACGAGGUCUCAGUCAGCCGCGGCGCAGAAGCAUGAGGAUCAUUUGCGACAAGAGCAUCUGGCCCUUCAGCAGGCUGUCGAACAGCACAUGGGGCUUGAAGCCGACGCAAGUGCCGAAGCUGCAGGCCUGAAAAUGGUCUUGGAAGCAACGGCGGAGAAGAACAUGCUUCUUGAAAGCACGACUGAGCUCAUGAAGCAAGAGGUCGAUGCUUUGGAAAACAAGUCAGCAGAUGACGAAAAGCACAUCGCCAAGCUGCAGCACCAGCUGGAGACUCUGGAGGAUGAGAUCGUCAACAGCAAGAAGCUCCAGGAAGCGCAGCUGGGCACACACGCUGACUUGCGUCGCGUGAUGGUUCAGACGGAGGACCAGCUGGCCAGGUCCUUGCGCAGCGACGAGAUGCAGCAGGAGUUGACCGCCAAGCUGCGCAGCUCCCUGACCUCUUCGGAGGUCAGCCUGUCCCAGUACCGAUCCAACUUAGAGUCCCAGGAGGCCAUGGAGUCCCAGCUGCGGAAGCAGCUGGACACUUUCCGGGCCGAGUGCCGGGAGCAAAACAAGCUGGCUACGGACUUGAGGCUGCAGCUGACAGAGUCCGAGGACGAAAGGAACGCGUCAGACACCGCCUUUCAGACCCUGCGGAGCAUCGAGACGGACCUGCGCGGUCGGCUCACGCAGGAGGCAGACCAGCUCUCUGAUGUGCGCUCCGCACUGCAGGUGCAGCAGUCCGUGAACACCCAGCUGGAGCAAAGCCUGGCCGCCACCAUUUCUGAGCUUUCUCAGACGAGAGCAGACGCAUCGAUGCAGGACAGCGUGGCGCGGCAACUGGAGAUGAAGCUGGAGGUGUCGGAGGCCGGCGCCGCCCGCUCGGAAGAAAGUCUGCAGCGGAACGCGGACAGGAUGUCAGAGCUCCAGGAGCAAGUCACCUCACUGGAGGCCUCCCUGGGAACUGCUUUGUCAGCUUCCGAGCUUCAAGCGGCCGCCACCAUGGAGCUGCAGCAAAGCUGUGACCACCUUCAGGGGCAGGUACGUGGGCUUCAGUCUGAGCUGGUUGCAGAGGCCCAGACAGGACAGCAGCAACGCACAAGCGAAGCUGAGCUCAAGGACCAAGCCGAGCAUCUGCAUGCAGAAGUUCUAGACCUGCGACGGCACAGUGAAGCAAAUGAACGCCUGGAAGCUGCUUUGAAGGAGAAGAAGCUCCAGGAAGUGGAGCUGAAGCACAGCGCGGCUGUAGCUGAAGCAGAGAUUGCAGGAGCACGCAACAGUGCAAAGGCGCAGCAAAAGCUGGUUGCUGAACUCAGAAACUGCCUUCGCGAGACGGAAGCGGACUCGGCAAGAGCCCAAACGAAGUUUAAGGAUCAACAGGAUCGGCUCGAGAGUCGUCAGCGAGACGCGGAGGAUCGACUUGGGGCAGCCGCGGCAGAGCUGGCUUCUGCAGGUGAGCAUGUGGAAGAGCUUCAAGAGCUGGCUGGAGAGCACAGGGCGCGCUUGUCCGGUUUGGAAGGAGAUUUGGCAAAAGCUCGCAGCUUGGAGAAGGCACACCAAGAAAAAGCGGAGGAUUUAAAGUCGGACUUAUCCAAGAGAGAGGCAGCUCUUCUGGAGGAGCUGGCUACUUCGGAAGCGCAUCAAGCCAGCGAAACUGCUCUGCGGAAAGCCCUGCACAUGCAAGAGAAGGUGCUGGCAGAUGAGAGGGUGGACCAUGAUGUGGUCCUCCGACAGCUUGCCGAAAAGGGAGCUGAAGUUGAAGACCUGCAGCAACGCAUUGCGGAGCUUCAGAUGUCUCAACAAAGACUGGAGCUCCGCCUCCGCCAGACAGAAGCCAGCACGGAUGCCAAGCUUCGGAAUGCGGCUUCAAUUGAAGCGUCGCUUCGAGAGAAGCUGCAGGACGUGUGGAGCAAGCUGGCCGCAAAGGCAGACUUGAGUUCGAGCCCAGAGAUGCUUGAUCCACUCGUCAGCCUCUUCGAGCAGAAGGCAUCGAAGAUCCGCAGGAAGGUCGCGGCAGCGAUGCGGCGGGCUGGUGAUGCGCACCACGCAGCUUUGGAGCUUGAGCUUUGGCGGGCAUCGCAGCGCUGCCAGGAGUUCGAGCCUUCUGCGGACAAUGGCCAGGCCAUGUUGCACUCCUUGCUGAACCGCGCCGCUGCUAGAAGAGAUCGUCUGGCACAAGAACUCCAAGAGAUGUUGACGCAAGUGCAGAGCACGCUUCUCUUGAAGUGCGCGGAGGGCGUGGACGCAGGCUCAGAUGAGGAGGAGCUGGCGGCUGAGCGCUUGGAGAUGGACGCGCAACUGAUCUCACAGGAGCUGCCGCUCCUCACGUCUCCGCCGCUGCAGGGCAUCCCGGGGCCGGUCCUCAAGGCCAUGGCUGCACUCUGUGGGGUGUACAUGGAGGGCGAGGAGGAUUUGGAUGGGCAGUAUCCGAUGCACUGGGCAGCGCGUCAGGGCAGGCGAGAUGUCAUCGAGUUUCUCCUGCGCUACAUCUACGCGGACGAGGGGAUGAAUCAGCGCGACCCAGAUGGGCGCACGCCACUCUUCUAUGCGGAACGUGCUGGAAACGAUGCGCUCGCACUGUUUCUGCGGGAGAGCGGAUGCGAUGCCAAUCCUCAGGAGCCUGUCCGCAGGAGGCCCGCCACAAGCGCCAUUCCAGAUGCCUUUACGGAGGUGAUCAAGGUGGUCGAAGAGAGAGGCUGGCACGCAGUAAACUGGAUGGAGGGCUUCACGAUGCUCCACUGGGCGGCUGAGAAAGGUCAUGCGGAUUUCUGCAGGUACUUUGUGGAACUCAAUGCUGACGUCAAUGCCGCUGACAGUCGGGGGCGAACUGCCCUUCAGUGCGCCAUGGACUCAAAGAACAUGGAAGCUGAGCUGGUGCUUCGGGAGCUCAUGGGGCUUCCGCGAGUGACAGAGGCCCGAUGCGCCAACGAGGAGGAGCCACUGGAGAUGCAUGAGAUAUCGUCGUCUGCUCCCACUGAUCAUGGUGCCGGAAUUCCUGCGGCAUAUGUUCGUGUUAUGCAGCAGAUAGACUUGGUAGGUUGGGACAAGAUGCAGUGGGCUCGUGGGUUCACACUGCUACAUUGGGCAGCGAAGCACGACAGAGCGGAUCUUUGUGAGCUUUUCUUGUGGUAUGGAGCUGACCCAGACCACAAAGACCAGGCUGGCCAUUCUGCCCUGGACUACGCCAGACUCCGGCAGCCACAAGCUUCAGCCGCCUUGGAAGCAUUGCUGCGUGGCAAACCAUCAAUUAAGCCUGCAGUGUGCUGA